AUCUAGGAGGACAGACAGAGGGAUCAGGGCAGAGGCAAAGGGGACAGAGAGGCAGGGUGGGAGGCCAAAGCAGCCCAGUGGGCAGUGGGCCCGUUUCCGGUCAAUCGCCCUAACGAGAGAGAACUGGCCACUCUGGACAGGCAGGAGAGAAUGCGUCUCUCCAAAGCCCUUGUCGACAUGGAGAUGGCCGAUUACAGCGCUGCCCUGGACCCAGCCUACACCACCCUGGAAUUUGAGAAUGUGCAGGUUUUGACCAUGGGCAAUGAUGCAUCUCCAUCUGAAGGUGUCAACCUCAACGCCCCCAACAGCCUGGGUGUCAGUCCCCUGUGUGCCAUCUGUGGGGACCGUGCCACAGGCAAGCAUUAUGGGGCCUCGAGCUGCGAUGGCUGCAAGGGCUUCUUCCGAAGGAGUGUGAGAAAGAACCACAUGUACUCAUGCAGGUUUAGCCGCCAGUGUGUGGUAGACAAGGACAAGAGGAAUCAGUGUCGUUACUGCAGGCUGAAGAAGUGCUUCCGGGCAGGAAUGAAGAAGGAAGCUGUACAGAAUGAACGGGACCGGAUCAGUACACGGAGAUCAAGCUAUGAAGACAGCAGUCUCCCAUCCAUCAAUGCCCUCCUGCAGGCUGAAGUACUAUCCCAGCAGAUCACAUCUCCCAUCUCAGGAAUCAACGGAGACAUUCGGGCCAAGAAAAUUGCCAGCAUUGCUGAUGUGUGUGAAUCCAUGAAGGAGCAACUUUUGGUGUUGGUGGAAUGGGCCAAAUACAUCCCUGCCUUCUGUGAACUGCCCCUGGAUGAUCAGGUGGCCCUGCUUAGGGCUCAUGCUGGGGAACACUUGCUAUUGGGGGCCACCAAACGGUCCAUGGUAUUUAAGGAUGUGUUGCUACUAGGCAAUGACUACAUCGUCCCACGGCACUGCCCUGAGUUGGUGGAAAUGAGUCGUGUUGCAGUGAGAAUCCUGGAUGAGUUGGUGCUGCCCUUCCAAGAGCUUCAGAUUGAUGACAAUGAAUAUGCCUGUCUGAAGGCCAUCAUCUUCUUUGAUCCAGAUGCCAAAGGGCUGAGCGACCCUGGUAAAAUCAAGCGGAUGAGAUCACAGGUGCAGGUGAGCCUGGAGGACUACAUCAACGACCGCCAAUAUGACUCCCGGGGCCGCUUUGGGGAGCUGCUGCUGCUGCUGCCCACCCUGCAGAGCAUCACCUGGCAGAUGAUUGAGCAGAUACAGUUCAUCAAACUCUUUGGUGUGACCAAGAUCGACAACCUGCUGCAGGAGAUGCUGCUGGGGGGGUCUUCCAGCGAAGCACCCCACACUCACCACCCUUUGCAUCCUCACUUGGUGCCAGAGAACAUGGGCACCAAUGUGAUAGUUGCCAAUACCAUGCCAGCCCAGAUCAGCAAUGGACAGAUGUGUGAGUGGCCCCGUCCUGGGUGGCGGACAGCCACUCCUGAGACCCCCCAGCCCUCUCCACCAGCCAGUUCGGGACCUGAACCCUACAAAUUACUGCCAGGAGCCAUCACCACAGUGGUCAAGCCUCCCUCAGCCAUCCCUCAGCCCACCAUCACCAAACAGGAGGUCAUCUAACAUGGGGCCAGAGGGAUCGGGGCAGGGCAGCCAGACACUGCCCCUCCCCAGCUUGGCUUUUGUCCUUCCCUGGCCUCCAGAGGGACCAGCCCCUUUCAGAACUCCCAGCGCUCUUGGUGAAAUAGGACAACCAUGAGACUUGCCCUAGGACCAGAAAGGCACCAUAAGGAGCCAGGACUCAGGCUGAGGGCUCCAGCUGCCAACUUGUGUGCCUUAAUACAAUCCUUCUCCUCCUAUUUUGGGGGACAUUGAGGGAGAUUGGGAACAGUCACCUUUGGGUGAGACUAAUUGUUUCUCAAUACUUUCUCCUCACCCAACUGGUUUCUUCAUCUCCUGAUUCUGCCCCAAAACAACUGCCACCUCCUCCUCUUGGGAUCUUUCUAGAACCACCACUUAGGACAUCCACCCUGUUUUCCCCUUUGGAGACUCAAAGCCCUUUGGGGAGAAGAUGGGCCAGGCCAGGACUCUCUCUGCCUAUUCGCACUGCCAUGCCAGUCCCAAUAUCCCCAUGAACUUUCAUUCAGAAGGAAUCAUACUCUCCAGGCUGGAGAAGACUCAAAGACUGAAGUUGUGAUCGUUCAGUCAUUUUACAAACUUUAUGAAGCAUUUACUGGACCACACUCUGUGCCAAGUACUGUGUGGAAAAUAGAUGAAGAUUCAGUCCCCUUUCUUAAGGAGCAGGGGUGGAGGAGGGAGGGGAAGGAGGGUCUAGCCGGGAAGACAAGAAACGCAAGCAUAAGACAGCUAGAGAACAAUUCAAGACAAUAAAUAUGUAGUAGGAAUCUGGGAGAAGGAAAAGAUUCACUGUGGAUUGGGAGGUAGGGUAGUCAAGCAGGGCUUCACAGAGGACAGGAUUUGGAUUUGUGUAGACAAAUAGGGAAGAUAUUCCCGUUGGGGGAAAAGCAUGAGCAGAGGUACAGAGCUGGGAAUCAGUGCUAUUUGUAAUGAGACCAAAUGCAUUCAGGGAAAAUGAGUCACUAUCUUAGAAAAGGUGAGGCUACUUGAUGGAGAGCCUUGAAAGCCAAUAAAGACCAGUUCUUUUUGGCCAAAGAGGGAGCAAGAGUUACCCUCAACUCAAAGGAGUCCUCAGGCCAAUAAAGUCAGUGGUUUCUCCCUGCCAUUCUGUUAUUCCCCCUCAUCAUGGAGAGAGGACAAGCAUUGUGGUAUCCUCAAAUUUUGACUCAUGGUGGGGCUAAAUUAGGCUGGAAUCCAUAAUCCUUUUCUCCCAACUCAUUCUCUUCUCAGGGAAUGCUGGGAUAGGAGGUCAGCAGGUUUGUCCUAAGAGCUUUAUUGGUCCAUAGAGAACUCCUGGGGGCUUCCAUUCUAUUAGAUGGUGCUCAGGGGCUGGAAGGGAAAUUUCCCUGCAGGUGCUAGAAUAGUAGGGAUAUUUAGAAGAUCAAGUCCCCAGGAAGAGGCUACUGACUAGUCAGAACUAUAGAGAAGUAAGCUCAAAGCUAGAGGGGAAACUUCUCAAACUGUUCCCUCUUCUUUAGGAAGAACCUUUCAAAGGACCUCAGAAUGUCAGAGCUAGAAGAGAUCUUAGGGAUGGAUCAUCAAGCGUAACCUCCUCCUUUUUGAGAGGAACAAAGGUCCAGAGAGGACAAGUGACUUGUCCAAGGUCACAUAGAUAGUCAGUGGCAGAACCCCCAUGCUUCAAAGAUGACAGUUCUCCCAGCAGUCAAGAUUGUAAACAGAGGUAGUCACAGCUAAACUCUGAAAUGUACAGAUUUUUCUGGUUGUCCUUGGUGCUGCUUCAUCCUCCCAGGGGUGACCUUUCAGGACUCUUAAAGGGCCAUGUGUUCUGUUGCUUUCUGCCCACUAGGAAAUAGACUCCAAGGUGCUUUCUAUAAGACAAUGUGAGAGGUAAAUGUCCUACCCAGUCAGUUCAUACAUGCCAAUAUUAAGUCUUCAUGCCUUUGGAUUGUUCUACCUUCCAGAGCCUUUUCUUAAAAUCCAGGGCAUAGAAAGAGAGGAGGGAGGGUGCCAAACACAAACUCCAACAAACUUAAUCAUUUGCUCCACAUGGAAAAGUCCCAGUUUGAGUAGAGUCUCCUGGUAAAGACCAAUCCCUUUUCAUCCCCAAUCUUUAUACUUCCUCUCUCUCCCCAAGCUUCCUGAGAUCCAGUAAGGCCACACUAAGGGAAGGAAAUGUCAAGGAAAGGUGAAUUGUUGCCUUGGUCUAUACUCCCAUUCACAACUGUUCUCUUUAGGACCAAAUUUGUACAACUAUUCCUGGGCAGGGCCUAGUGUGUCUGGGCAUUUGAACCUGUUUGGGGGUGGAAGUGAAUAUAUGUAUGGAGGAAAGGAGGAAAGGGGGGUGGGGAGGGAGGAUUCAAUAACAACUGAAGUCAUCCUGGGACUGGGGAUAAGGCAGAGCCCAAUCUACCACCUUCUCCUUGAACCCUGGCCACUGGGUUUUCUCACAAUUGUGGGUCCAGGACAAGGGGACAUUGCCUCUCCUGUGGCUGUCCUAAUCUCAGGAUCCCCAUGAGGUGGAGGUGGCAAACUCCUUGUCACUUCCCAACCUGGGUUGUACACCAGGGUUUCUACCCCCCCACACACACACCCUCUUGGCAUGGUUUCAAUGGCCUCCUCAGAAGCCCUGAUGGUAUUUGUGGGAGUCAAGGGAGGAAGAGGCAGUGACUGAAAGUUGGCAACAUUGUAAUAGCAAAGUCAAUCGUGUUCACUAAAUUAUUCUGUAAUUUGCCUUGAUCAUCUCUAAUUGUGUAAUUCCAAAGAAGUAUACCCCCAGAGUCACUGCCAUGUUCUAGUUACUGGUGCAUUUUCCCUUCCUCCCUCAAAAAAAUCCUAGGGGAGUUGAGAAUGGGGGCAUGAGUAGUGUCCCCACCGACCAAACCUUCUAAACCCUUCUCACUGCCAUCAUUGUCAUCCAGUAGGGAAAGAACACUUCUUAGUCCUAGUUUGUAUUCCAAAAAAAGUUGUGUUUUUUUUUAAACCUUCAAAAUAAAUACAAAGGAUGUUUUCUAACUCUUCCCA